AGUAAAAAUUUUGAAUUUCAGACGCCAAGUCGGCCCAGAAGAAGUCCUGGUGUAAUCGAACAAGAGAGAGAGCCAUGUUGGUCAAGGUCUUAAUGCUCGCAUUGCUCGCGUCCUUGGGUGUCCAGGCGAAGCCCCAGCUGUUGGUCUCGGCGCCCGUGAGUUAUGCCACCGCCGGAGUGGGUGGCGCUGCCUGGGUGGGACACGCCUCCGCCUACUAUCCGGCGUAUGCCAGCUAUGGCUAUCCGGCCUACGCGGCGUAUGCGUAUGCACCGGUUUAUGGCGCAUACGCCACGUAUCCCUACUAUCCAUAUCUCAGGCGAUGAAGCUGGCAUGCGUUUCUCCAACGGAAAUGGAAAUUUUACCGAGAACACAAUAUUCCAUUAAUCACGCUCGGUGUGCGUGAGUGUGCGUGUGUAGUUUGAUUUAAGAAAUUUAAUUGUUCAGUGUUUUGUUUUAUUGUUAAAACGCUUUUUUUGUAUUUUGGGUAAUCCUAAAU